AUGUUUGUAAGGGGCCUCACCUUGUGCAUCUUUGUUGUGUGGACUAACAGGAGAAUCUUCACUGUUGAGGUACCCUAUGACCCAAGCUUCAUGUCUGUUGUCUGUGCUAAGCUGGAGAAGUCAGGUGCCCUCUUUCCUAAUAAGUGAAGUUUUCACGACAUCCUUGCCAGGAAAGUAUUUAUAAAGAUUUAAGCCCUAACUUAGUAAGUAAGUCUGGUUUAUUAAUAAAAUCGCCGCGCUUAGAAAUAAGCGAAUUCCGAAAUUAUUUUACAAAACUAUAGAUAUCAAAAGAAAAAGAAUUCAUUCAAACUAAUUACAUCGUGUUCAAAAUGGACUGGGCCUUGCAAUUAUGAGAAGAUAUAAUACAAUAAAUUAGGUAAAAAACUACAGUAAUUUAGUAAUUUUGCCAGUCAUUCUGGAGUUUUCUUCUAAUUUAUGGUUCGUGCCUGACUCCAUACUCAGAAUGUUUUUUUUUGUUGUUGCUUCUUUGGGGGACUCCCUGAGCAGAUUCAUCACAAGAAGCAUUUUGCUCUUCCCAAGAUUCCAGCAUUUCAGAGCAAUACAUAAGCAGAUCUGCACAGCAGCCCUGUAGCCACUCAGAAGCAGAUGUCAUGAUCAGUUCACGAGAUAAAAGCCCUGAGGCAGCUACUACUGGCACUUCACAAAGUCCCUUAUGUACAGAUUUGUCCCAGUGUAGUACCCCUACCUCACCUGCAGAGAGUGUGGAAAUCUCUGGACUUCAAAUCUACAAGGAUUAUGUCCAAACUUUUCAACCAAAGGCCAUGAUCACUGAUACCAUAGUUUUGUUUUUGUUCAAGUAAGAAUUUUCUUGACAUAACUGUAAGGUAUAAAUAAUGUACUAAAGCAUCUCUUAGAUGGCUUCACCUGAUACUAAUGGAGCAUCAUGCUAUACAGAAAUUAAUUUCUUGUUUAUAAUUAACUGUGGAAUCUUUGGGCCACACAAUAAUAUUUAUAAUAUGGAUACCUAAUGCACAUGAUAAUUUGUAUUGUGAUUUCAGGCAACUACCUCAGAUACAUCCCAUUGCCAGUUCCAUUUCCUAUACCACCUUAUGUGGGGAACAAGAUGAUGGACCCAUGAAGCCCACAAUCCACGGAAAAAAUUGGAUCAUGCUGUUCAGCUUGUAA